CUGCUUGAUCCCAACUCGUUCUCCUUCACCAACUUCGCCAAUGCGCCGCCUGGGUACUACACUCCCACUCCGGGAGGCACCAACACCAUCUACCACCCGCAGGCCGGUGACCUGCACACACCCACUCUGGGUCUCGGCAUGGGGCUCGGCACUCCGUUGUCGAUGCCCACGUCGGAGGGCGCGAUGAACUCCGGGCCGGCCAUGAUGGACCUCGCCGGUUACCAGGGGAUGCACGCCCAGCAGUUCCCGCCGCAUUUCAACCCCUUCAUCCAGGCUGCGGCGCCACAGCAGUCCUUUGCACCUUCGACAUUUGUGCACCAGGACACCGGCUAUGAGACCAUGGAGCAGGAUGGAUCGCCCAUGAACUCUGACCCAUCUGAGGAAAGGAUGGCCUCAAUCGACAGUGCGUUUCACAACUCACCCAUGGUCGGUUUUCAACAAGGGGCCCAAUUUGGCGGCAUGCCCAUGGCCGCUGCCCUACCGCCAUCUGCUGAGAAGUUCCGCUUCCACUCGACCCUCAACGCGCCCACGGCCAUGAUCAAGCACGCGGACGAGAUCCCUGUGACUUAUCUUAACAAAGGCCAGGCUUACUCUCUUUCCAUCGUGGAUACCAAUGCCACCAUCCCUGUUGCUCCCGGCACCAAGUUCCGCACGUUUGUGCGUAUCUCUUUUGAGGAUGAGCAACAGAGACAGAAGCCUGGAGUUUGCUGGGCUUUAUGGAAGGAGGGAAGAGGCACGAACGAGGCCCACCAAAGAGGAGGAAAACUACAGGCUGUGGAAUAUGUGGAAGCCGGUCAACCUACCGAAGGUGACGACAAGAGAACCCGUAUCGAGUUGGAAUCGUCAUCUUUCGAUGGAUUCUCCGUCGUCUGGACCCCUGGCAUCAACGGCGGCCCAGAGUGCAACAUUGCUGUCCGCUUCAACUUCUUGUCGACGGACUUCAGUCACUCAAAGGGCGUGAAGGGUAUUCCGGUUCGACUAUGCGCCAAGACUAUGACUCUUCCCUCAGACCCUUCUCAGCCGGCUGCGGACGCCAACCCCGAGAUCUGUUUCUGCAAGGUCAAGCUCUUCCGCGACCAUGGAGCCGAACGCAAGCUUUCCAACGACGUCGCACACGUCAAGAAGACAAUCGACAAACUCAAGCAGCAAAUCGCACAGGCCGAGAGCGGGAUGAAGGACUUUGGCAAGCGCAAGAGGUCCUCAGCCACAUCACAAGUGAAGGGCGCGGAUCAACGACCCGGCAAGGUUCAGAAACACAAGCGAACCUGGUCAAUGUCUUCGACGAGUUCGGCGGGGGGCACCCGCCCCCCUCUUGAAGAAGACUUGCAUUUCAAGCUCCAGACACUGCAGGACAUGUUCACGAGCACAAGGCCAGUCAGUGUGCUUUACCUUCGCGGCGAAGAACUCGACGACCCCGAUCUCCAUCCUGUGUCUCUCCCCGGGGAGCAGGGUGACCUUGCAAAGGUGGAAUCUCGGGAAGGGCCAGCCUGGCAAGCACGCAGUGGACGGAGCUCUGUUGCAGGCUCCUCUUUGGUCUCUCCAUCGCCGAGCUCUCUGUCGUUGGUGUCUCAGGCCUCGGCAGUGCCAAACCGACAAUGGUCUGCCUUUGAUGGCGAGGGAUCUGGAGAGCCUGCGUCACGACAGGGCUCCGACCAGCCGACGAAGGUCAGCAAGACCGAUGACACAGGCAACUUGAGCGGCUGGAUCGAGGCCUUGGGGGUCGACCCGUCUUACCGCCCCCCUCCUGAGCGUGUCGCCAAGCCUGUCGCUUGCUUCUACCUCGUCCGACCCAACUCGAACGAGCCCGAGAAGCGCGAGUAUUACAGGGCCAUCUACUUGGCUCAGCGCAACCUGAAGGAUUUCAACUUCCGCGUGGCUGCCAAGUGGAACAUCGACCCAUCAAAGAUCGUGCGAACCGUCCAUGUCCUGGAUCGCGGCCUCGAGGUUGAAAUGGAUGACGACGUCAUUGCAGAACUGAGAGAAGGCCAGGACAUGAAGCUCGAAAUCAAGGAGCUUACGGACGAUGUUCAGCCCAAGCGAGAAUGGGACAUGGUUGUCGACCCCAACGAAGGCGACGCCGCGGACCAACCAUCUUUGCACGGAGGCUACGAAUUGCGCCUCAACUUCUAA